AUGGCUGAGACAGGACUGCCCUCCGGUUGGGAGGUUCGCCAUUCGAACUCCAAGAAUCUGCCCUACUACUUCAACCCCGCUACCAAGGAAUCUCGCUGGGAACCUCCAGCAGACACCGAUACCGAGACUCUUAAGCUUUACAUGGCCACACACCACACCCCUGCCGCCAGGAUGGAAGCCUCUGGACAAGGUGAUGGUAAGAUUCGCUGCAGCCACUUGCUGAUCAAGCACCGAGACAGCCGCCGUCCCAGCAGCUGGCGCGAGGCUGAGAUCACCCGCUCCAAGGAAGAGGCUAUUGAGAUCCUGAAGCAGCAUGAGGCACGUAUUCAAUCCGGUGAAACUACUCUAGGGGACAUAGCCGUUUCCGAGUCCGAUUGCAGCAGCGCCCGCAAGAAGGGUGACCUUGGGUUUUUUGGACCCGGGGAGAUGCAGAAGGAAUUCGAAGAUGCCGCUUUUGCCCUCCAGCCUGGCCAAGUCAGCGGUAUUGUUGAGACCGCGUCUGGCGUCCACCUCAUUCAACGGUAUGUAGAAGCUGCUUUUUCUUAUCUGGACUGUAAGCCUCUGCUGACUUGCCUCUCUACAGUGUUCAAUAAACUUACCAUCACCUGA